AUGCGUACUCCUAGAAUAGCCAUCAUCGUCCUCUUCUUCGUCGCCUCCCUCUUCCUCUUCUGCCGCUCCGUCGUCUCCCUCGCUCGCUCCAAUACCGUCGUCGCCCCGGCCUCCGUCUCGCCACCGCGCUUCCAGAGCCUCUUCUCCUUCACCGCCCCCUUCUCCAUCUUCACCCCGAAUGCCGCCAUCAGCCUGACCGACGACAACAGCACCUCCUUCGUCGCUCGCCCCGCCGCCUUCGGCCCUAGCCUGCCCAACAAGGGCCUCAGCGGCCAGCUAUGGAUCGGCAGCGGCUUCUCCGACGAUAACCUGCAGGACGGCGAGGGCGAGGGCGAGCUGGGCUGCACCGACAUCCCCGGCUGGGAGGAUGGUAAGGCCAACGCCAUUCUCAAGUCCGCCUCCAAGGCUGUUUCCAAGUCGGACGCCAAGGCUGCCACUGCUGCUGGCAAGCCCGGCCACCACAAGCGGGACAAGGCCGCUGCCGCCGACGACAAGGAUGCCGUCCCCGACGUCGUCGGUCUCCCCGCCACCCGCCUCAAGUCCAAGAUCCGCCCCCUCGACGACGGCACCGAUGACUACCUCCACCAGAGCCUCGCCCGGAAGCACCAGCCGAACCACCACGACAGCGCCGUCUACGCCGAGUCGACCCACGCCGAUAUCCAGUCGAUACAAGAGGCCGCGGAGAUCGCCGGCAAGAUCGUGCUGCUCAGUCGCGGCGGUUGCGGCUUCCUCGAGAAGGCUAAGUGGGCCCAGCGCCGCGGCGCCAUCGCCCUCAUCGUCGGCGACAACACCAAGGGCGGGCCUCUGAUCCAGAUGUUCGCCAGGGGCGACACCUCUAACGUCUCCAUCCCUUCCGUCUUCACCACUCGCACCACGGCGCACCUGCUUUCGUCCCUGACCCAGCCGGGCAGCUAUAUCGAGGACACAAUCGACGAGCGCGGCCGCCCGUCUCUCAAGGUUCUGCACUCCGACGCCGCGAACCGGAAGAACGGGAAGAAUAAGCAAAAGGCCGCCGCCGCACCGGUGUCCACACCGACCCCCAAGACCAAGUCCACAGCUCCGCCCAAGACCAAGGUCAAGGCUGCCGCGGUCGUCAAGGCCACCAAGACCAAGGAGACGAGCAGCUCCCGCGGUGGCUUCUUCCGCUGGCUGUUCAGCUGGGGUCGCAGUUCGCGGUCCGGCGACGGCAGCAUCCAGCCCCCCAGAAGCGGGCGCCAUAACUGGGUCCUCGUCGACGACUGGAGCGAGGAGAAGGACAGGACCAUCCGCGACGGCCUCGGCAAGGCUGCCAAGAGGGGCAAGAAGAAGGUCCCCGAGCCCCGCAAGAACGAGGACAGUUUCCAGAUUGGCGUCCAGGACUGGCGGGACCCUGACCUGGUGGAUGCGCCGACCUCAAAGGACAACGUCGACAAAACCGAGCAGGCCGGCAAGCCGGGAAGCAACGCAAAGGGGAGCAAGGACGCCAGCGGCCCCAAGGGUGGAAGCAUCACCCCCGGAAGCGGCGAGUAUAACCCCAACAUGCCUCCUGCUGAGGCCAAAGGCUCCUCCGCCUCUUUCGGCAAGGGCUCCUCCACCCACAGCGGCAUCAUGUCCAAGAUUUUUGGCGACGAUGACGGCGCCGACUUCUCCGGGGCAGACAAAACCGAGGACGAGCCCCCCGUGCCGAAGAAGCCGACUCCGGACGAAGGCGACGACAAUGAGCCAGUCGGACAUGACGGUCUCUGGGUCACUAUUACGCCUUCGACCAGCUCCAGCCCCUUCUUCGACACCCUGCUGGUCCUCGUGGUCAGCCCCCUGAUCACCUUGAGCGUCGUUUACGCGCUGCUCAUCCUGCGUGCGCGUAUUCGCAGGAGACGCUGGAGGGCGCCUAAGUCGGUCGUCGAGCGCCUGCCUGUUCGCACCUACCAUACCGUCGCGGCCUCGCCUCUGCCCUCGCCGAGGCUGCCUUCGCCCACGACCCCGACCCCCACCACGCCUCUGCUGCAGCAGACCCCUGCACGGCCAAGGCCUCGUUCUAGGACGACGACGGGCAUCCCCGAGUCGGAGAGUCUGCUGUCCGUCAACUCGGCCCUGCAGAUGCCCAGGUCGCCCUUGCGGGCCGAGCACGAGAAGCCGAACGGCAGCUAUUCGAGCGAGUGGAAGAAGUACAUGGGCCGGCAAGUCGAGUGCGUCGUGUGCUUGGAGGAGUACGUCGACGGCGUCAGCCGCGUCAUGAGCUUGCCCUGCGGUCACGAGUUCCACGUCGAGUGCAUCACGCCUUGGUUGACGACACGCCGUCGCACAUGCCCCAUUUGCAAGGGCGAUGUCGUGCGAUCUCUGGCACGCGGCUCUCCGUCCAGUCCUCGGUACGAGGCGUACCACGACGACUCUGAUGAUGAGGUAGAAGCUGAGGCAUCCGGUUCAAGGGACCGGGGCGAGGACAUGGAACAGGGCAUCCUCUCACCUGCGCCUAGAGGACGCGAGACCCGGCCCGAGGGAUGGCUAGGCUUGCUAUCGGGUAGUUUCAGCACAUCCUCUCGAACCAGCCAGCCGUCGCAGGAGGACCGCAACAGGUGA